GAAAUUUACACCCCGCCAACGGAAACAUAAAAACAGACAGAAGGAAAGCACAGCACUUGUUGACACAAAUGUUGCUGAGAUACUUCCCAUUUCAAAAAGUGAAAAGGAAGCAAAAAAGCAAAAGCUCAGAGAAGAGCUGAGGGCACAGCAUGAGCGGGUUUCGUCAAAGAAACAGAAGCGUCUAGAUAAAUACAUUGAAAACAAGCUUAAGAAAGAGGAAAACCUCGAGCUGCUUAAAAAGUUAGCCCAGUCCAAGGUCGAUACAUCCAAACUUCAGAGUUCCAAGAACCUUGGGAAGCGAAAAAGACACGAUUCAAAUACCGAAGCUGUUUCGGCACCUACAGCUGCUAACGCGACGGACGGAAUUGUUUCUGAUUCAGAACUUUCGGCGGACGAAGGGGACCAGAAGCUAGAUGACGCCGUAAGCAAAGAUACAAAUAAGUCUCAAGCGGUGCCAGUGACAUUUGGGAGUGGGCUGAAACGACCUCUUGAAGUUGGACCCGAUGGGUUCCCAAUCAUCAAGAAACGCAAGCGAGCACCCAAGGUGAAACCAGUGAAGGAACCAGUAGAGGAAAUACCGUGGGAAGGAUUUGACUCGGAAGAUGAAGCGGAGGGAGGUGUUCAAGAUGACGGAUCCAUCCACUCCGAUGGCGCUCAUGAACAAACAGCGCCAGGAGAAGAUAGCGGUUCCUCAUCCGGAGAACCUUCUGAGAAUGAAGAGGAAAGCGAGAAUAGCGAUGAGGACAGUGACGAGGGUGAUGAAGAAGAUAGCUCAGCAUCUGCUAGAGAGGAUCAACCCAGAAGAUCCUCUUUUAAAGCUUGGGCAGUACAGCAGAUCAAUGAAACAGUGGGAUUCAAGCCCACAUCAGGGCCUAUCGUGACGGAGCAGCCGUUCGUUGAACCCAAGAAACUUCCAAGGAAUACUGUCGCAGAAGAAGAGCCAUUACCCCUAGAACUCCAGACGACCAAGGGGGAUCCGGAUCGGAAAGCUUUCAGCGUCCAGGUUAACCGUUCCGAGGAAAUGCAAGCUGCGCGUCUGGGGUUGCCCGUGGUUGGUGAGGAGCAGAAAAUAAUGGAGGCAAUAUACAACAACCAAACCGUUGUCAUAUGGGGAGCUACUGGAAGCGGGAAGACCACUCAGAUUCCACAGUUCUUGUUCGAAGCUGGUUAUGGAAAUCCAGACAGCCCCAACCCGGGAAUGAUAGGUGUAACUCAACCGCGCAGGGUUGCUGCUGUGAGUAUGGCGAAACGUGUUGCCGACGAACUGGGGCAGUUUUCUAGCCAAGUUUCCUACCAGAUCCGUUUCGAAAGUACGGCAACUAAUAAGACCGCUAUCAAGUUCAUGACUGAUGGAAUCUUACUACGGGAAAUUGCGGACGACUUUUCAUUGAGUAAAUACUCUAUAAUUGUCAUUGAUGAAGCCCAUGAGCGGAGUGUCAAUACAGAUAUUCUCAUCGGGAUGGUUAGUCGGAUUGUGGAUUUACGCAAGACUAUGAGCGAGGAAGAUCCGUCUGUCAAACCUUUGAAACUUGUCAUCAUGUCGGCAACGCUGCGGAUUUCGGAUUUCACGCAGAAUACGAGUCUUUUCCGUCAAGGUCCGCCGCCGCUGGUACAAGCAGAGGGCCGGCAGUAUCCUGUUACCAUCCACUUCUCCAGACGGACACAUCGUGAUUAUGUUGAAGAGGCUUUCAGGAAGGUCUCGAGAGGACAUCGCAAACUGCCUCCAGGGGCCAUGCUUGUAUUCCUGACAGGGCAGAACGAGAUAAAAUACCUCGCCAGACGUCUGAAACAAACCUUCAAACCCACACAGCGUGGUGAGGUGAUUCAGGCAAAGGUUCAGAUAUCCGCCAACGAUGCACCGCUCGAAACGGAGGAUAUGGAAUUAGGCGGCAGUGAGAUACCUACUCCAGGAAAUGGGGAUGAUGACGACAGCGACCUGGAAAUCACAGGCCUAGAUGACGAUGAGGAAGACGAUGGGUUUGACUUAGAUGAGGAGGCAAUGGACUCAUCUACGCGAGUCCACAUAUUACCUCUCUACUCCCAACUUCCUACGAAGGAACAGAUGAAGGUCUUCGAACCACCUCCGGAAGGCUCACGACUAAUUGUCUUAGCGACCAACGUUGCUGAAACUAGUCUUACGAUUCCUGGAAUAAAGUACGUCUUCGAUUGUGGACGAGCAAAGGAGAGACAGUACGAUCUAAAUACCGGAGUUCAAAGCUUUCAGAUCGGCUGGAUCAGCAAAGCAAGUGCCAAUCAACGAGCGGGACGAGCGGGACGAACUGGGCCUGGUCACUGCUACAGGUUAUACUCGUCUGCGUUGUACGAAGGAGAGUUCGCUGAAUACACGGACCCGGAGAUUCUACGAACACCAAUCGAAGGUGUUGUGCUCCAAAUGAAGAGCAUGGGUCUCCAUAAUGUUAUAAAUUUCCCAUUUCCCACUCCUCCUAGCCGGCAGGGCCUGGUAAAAGCCGAGAAACUAUUAAAAAACCUGGGAGCUCUCACUUCAAAUGGGCAGGUGACGGCGAUCGGUCGGUCUUUAUCUACAUACCCCUUGUCUCCCAGGUUCGGGAAGAUGCUACACAUCGGUCAUCAGCACGGCUGCAUGCCGUACGUCAUCGCCCUCGUCGCAGCAUUGGCAGUUGGCGAUUUAUUCAUCCCGGAGAACCAAAUUGACAUGGCAUCUUCCAAAGAAGACGACGGCGGGGAAGAAGAAAAGGUAUAUACGAACUCAGACCGGCUAGAAGAUACAGCGAGAGAAAAUAGAGGCAAAGACUACGCAAGGGCGCAUCGCCUUUUCAGUAAACACGACGACGCUUCGGACGCAUUGAAGUUCAUGUCAGCAGUCUGCGCCUAUGCCUACGCCUCGAAUCCGGACUCAUUCUGCGAGAAGAUGUUUCUCCGAUCUAAGGCGUUCAAGGAAGCAUCCCAACUCCGGCGUCAACUGACGGACAUCGUCCGUGCCAAUAACCCAGGUUUGAUGGGACCCUACGAGGCGCGCCUCCCAGAGCCAUCCGGGAAACAAGUCAAGGCACUCAAACAGAUAGUGACGGCCGGAUUCAUCGACAACGUUGCCAUCCGCGCCGACUGUGCGCCCAUCCCACCGGAAAUGCCACGAAAACCGAGGAGGGCCAUCGACGUCCCCUACCUCACGCUCUUAAGGUCCCGCGAUGGACCGGGCAAAGAGCUAUCCGAGAGAGCCGUUUACGUUCACCCAUCAUCCGUCCUCGCCAAAUUCUCGCCGACAGAAAUGCCACAGUAUAUCGUGUAUUCUCAUCUCCAGCAAUCGUCGUCUGCUCUGGUCUCCGAUCAAGUGGCGAAGAUCCGGAUGUUCCCUCUCGCUACUCCGAGCGGGCUGCAACUCUCUGCCAUUGCUCAUGGCACUCCACUGAUAGAGUAUGGGAAGCCUAUUGGCAAGGCGGAGGCUGUGGAGGAUGUCCCUCCAAAGCGCAUCUGUUGGGUAGUUCCAUCGCUGGUCGGGGAGGCUGGAAGUACAGGAUGGCCGUUGCCUGCCAAGAAGGUGCUGCAGAGGAAGGAUUUGAAGGAGGGAUGGGUUAUUGAAAAGUUUCUCACUUAGAUGAGGUUGGUUAUGGGUAUACUGGAAAAGUCCAUUGGGGAUGACGGGUAGACACCAUGUAAUGAUUUGGAUAUAUCAUGAAUGAUAGACAUUUCUCAGCAUCCAAGAUGAUAAUAAUCCUUCCCUCAUGCUAAAAGAAGAAACCAGCACCUAACCACCUAACGCCAUAGCCUUCAGAACCUUCGCAUCCAUUUUUUAGUAGAAAAAGAAACAGAACCAGUAGAAAAGCCAUCUACCUCCCUUCCUCCCUACCCCUUUCCCUCUCCCAAUCCUCUCUAAUCCCCAACGCCUUCCGAAGCCGCUCACUCUCCUCAAUCUUUGCCUCCGCCAACUCAUGAACCUGGUAGGACUUGAACUGCCUCCUCUCCCGCGGGGGAGGCGACAUCCCUCGUCGACGAUUCCGUCUCCCACCUUCAGCAGAAAAUUCAGAUUCACCUUUCCGCUUCCGAUCCUCCGCAUCCUCCAACUCCCUCAAUAACUUCUUCCUCAACUCAUUGCAUCGUUCCUCAAUAUCUUCCUCGGAGAGAAUCUUCUUCUCUUUAUCCUUGGCUUCUUCUAGCCUUUCAUUCUCCUCUUCAAGUCUUUCCCGUUCCUCGAGAACUUUCACCUCGAUCGCCCGCCGUCUGUCAUGUUCUAGGAUCUGCCUAUCCGGUUGGCGGUGGUGGAAUGGACGUGCUGCUCCGUCCGGGCUGUCUUUAUUUGAUGAGGAUGAUGAUUUCGUGCCUGCGCCUGGUGGUGGGUAAGGGGCGCCGUAGCCUGCGUUUCGGGGUUUGAGGAAGGCGUAGUUUCGUUGAACGUAGCCUGAUGUGCCGCUUCCUCUUGGUGUGGAGAGGCCGACGUUCGAGGACAUUUCUCUCUUUCUCUUUCUUUUUGGUCUUUCUUUAGACGUUCGGGGAUUUGUUACGUAGAUG